AUGGCGAGCAGCAUAGUCGGGGGCAAGUACGAGCUGCUUCGGAAGGUCGGGGCCGGCUCUUUCGGGGACAUCUACCUGGCCAUCAACAUCACGAAUGGCGAGGAGGUGGCCGUGAAGCUGGAGUCCCAGAAGGCCAAGCACCCGCAGCUGCUGUACGAGAGUAAGCUGUACAAGGUGCUGCAGGGAGGGGUGGGCAUCCCCCAUAUGCGCUGGUACGGCCAGGAGAAAGACUAUAACGUCCUUGUCAUGGACCUCCUGGGGCCUAGCCUGGAGGACCUCUUCAAUUUCUGCUCGCGCAGAUUCACCAUGAAAACCGUGCUCAUGCUGGCCGACCAGAUGAUUAGCAGGAUUGAAUAUGUGCAUACCAAGAAUUUCAUCCAUAGGGACAUUAAGCCGGAUAAUUUCCUGAUGGGGAUCGGGCCUCACUGCAACAAGCUGUUCCUCAUUGACUUUGGACUGGCCAAAAAGUACCGAGACAACAGAACAAGGCAGCACAUUCCCUACAGGGAAGAUAAGAACCUCACUGGCACUGCCCGGUAUGCCAGCAUCAAUGCCCACCUUGGCAUCGAGCAGAGCCGUCGUGAUGACAUGGAAUCCCUGGGCUAUGUGCUGAUGUAUUUCAACAAAAGCAGCCUGCCCUGGCAAGGCCUAAAGGCUGCCACCAAGAAGCAGAAGUAUGAAAAGAUCAGUGAGAAAAAGAUGUCCACCCCUGUGGAAGUCCUCUGCCAGGGGUUCCCAGCAGAAUUCGCCAUGUAUCUCAACUACUGCCGUGAUCUUUGCUUCGAAGAGGCUCCUGAUUACAUGUACCUGAGGCAGCUGUUUCGCAUUCUUUUCAGAACUCUGAACCACCAGUACGACUACACAUUCGACUGGACAAUGCUAAAGCAGAAAAUGACCUAA